CUCAGUCAGACACAGCCACACUCGUCAGACUACGCUAAGCCUUUUGUGACUCCCUCAUAAUCAAAAUAAAGGAUCUCUUGCAGGGUGUUGUGAAUAAGAUCUAUCUUUGACUCUAUUAUCGACCUACGCAAAGGAUUUCAGAGCUUCGUAUUUACUUGGGUAUGGUACCACUGUAAUGAGUACCAAGACCCGUAGUUAUCUUGGGCUGAUGUUGGCCUUCUUUGCCGUAUUCUGGAGUGCGAUUGUAACAAGUUCUGCGAGAGGAGUAAUUGUUCACGAAUCUUGCCCUAAAAAUUGGACGUUGGUCAAGGGAUUGUGCGUGUCAACCUUUACGUAUCCUGCUAGUUGGGCAACCGCUGAUUCAGAUUGCCGCGCCAGCAAUGCAAGUUUGAUCAGCCUAAGCAGCAACAUAUCAAGAAAUGAUGCAAUUUUGCGGUUCCUUAGAAACAGUGAGAGAAAUAUUACGGAAUUUCACCUUGGGUUAAUGUUGUUUAACAAAAGUUUCUCCUGGUCGGACUCAACGAAGUAUAACUACACUAACUGGCAAAACACAACUGCGGUAUCGCAGGCUCGCAAUCGGACGAAUGAGACGUUCUGCGCAUGCGUAAAUUCUGAGCUAUCCUUGUGGAGCCUAGACGCAUGUAAUAAGAGCCGGCGUUUUGCGUGUCAGCGGCCACCAGAUAUUUCUUGGAGUUGCCCGGAAACAUAUUGUAACAGUAAAUGUUCCCUCGAGCGUUCGCCACAGGGAAACCAGUUCUGCAACUGCACCCCAGUCAACUGGUGCCCUAAAAAUAAUCCAUGGGGUCAAACAUGUGUAGGGAGAACAGCUUAUAUAGACUGCUCCCAGAUUCAAGCAAAUAGACAAGGGCAAGCUACCCGUCGUUGUAGCAAAAUAAAUGGUUUGAUACAGUGGGAAAAACAAGAUACUUCAAGUUGUAAAGUUGUUUCUACUCGGCCUCUGUCACCUACAUCUCCAUUUAAAAGUAGUGUAAAGCCAUCAAAAGACCCUUCUUCUAAUAACAGCGAUGCAAAGAUGGACGCGACCGCGGCUGCAAUAAGGGAUGAGUUGAACCAGCUCAAAGGCAAGCCUCUCUCUGAAGCCGAGGCUACGCAAGCCGUAAAGAAGUUUGCUGGCGAGCUCGGCAAGAUGGCAGAAGCAGUGGAUAUGACACCAGAAAAUAUUAAUAAGGUCGUACAGACAGCAGAGGAGAUCGGCGAAGUGAUUGGCGAGGGCAUAAAAUUAAGUGGUCCUGUCCUUGAAACCAAGACAAUACAAUCCUACACACCAGGCCUGGACUUUGGGGUGUCCUUAGUUCCCAACGACGAGUUAUUGACGACGAAACCAACCAGCAAUGGCGAAGUCCGCUUUCCCAAAGAUGUGUUUCAGCGGGCUCAUAAAGAAGGCAUUACAGGUGCUGUCGGAGUGACGAUGUCAUACCUUCAUGAAAGUGGAAACCAGUCGAUCCUGAAUAGCGGGAUCCUAUCGACGACGGUCCAGAAUGUUUCUGGCGAUGCCAUGAGGGGACUGAAAGAACCUGUGGUCAUCGUACUUAACAAGACUAAGAGUACAAAACAGAAAUCGAUGUGCGUUUACCUGGAUGUCUCUAAAAGCCAAGCGGAGUGGUCUACGUUUGGCUGCUGGGAGAAUACGUCAAACGCGACACAUCUGGAGUGCCACUGCAAUCACACAACAAGCUUCUCGCUCCUGCUGGAUGUGCAUGGGGUGUAUGAUGACGGAACGAUACCAAAGGAGCAUAGGUUUGCUCUUCAGCUCGUAUCACUUAUUGGCUGCGGCGUCGCUUUGUUGUGCUUUGUAGCAGCUCUGCUAGCCUUCCACAUUACAGGGAAAGAUAGGCACAGGAGGAAGACUGAGACAAUGACGAUCCAUAAACACUUUGCCAUCGCGCAGAUCUUUGCGCUCACAUUAUUCCUCGUGGCCUACGUCGCUGUUGAUAUAUAUGAGUUGUGCUAUGCCGUAGUCGUGAUGCUGCAUUAUUCUUUCCUCGCCGUGUUCCUAUGGAUGUUGAUUGAAGGCUUCAAUCUUCACCGUGGUCUGGUACAGGUCUUUCUCACUAGCAGCAGAAUGAAAGCCUAUUGCUUGCUGGGAUGGCUGACACCUGCUGUCGUUGUUGCUAUUACGGCUGGAGUGACGCAAGGAGAAUACAUCAGAGAUGAUUUCUGCUGGAUCUCCUACAAGUACAUAUGGGUAUUCGCUGGACCGGUUGCUGCCAUUAUCCUGAUCAACUUUGUAAUUCUGGUGAUAGCUAUACGUGUCAUGAUUCGUCGAUCUCGCUACAAGAUUAACCACAUGGUGGAGAACACGAUGUCGGAGAUGGAGAAGGAGUUGAGGAUUGCGUUCAAAACCACCAUAAUCCUGAUGCCCUUGCUCGGCCUCACGUGGUGUCUGGGGUUCUUCGCGGCACAUGACAGCGUGGGCAGCCUCGUUAUACAGUACGCGUUCGCUAUAAUCAACUCCCUCCAGGGUUUGUAUUUCUUCAUCGCUCACUGUCUCUACGACGAGGACAUUAAACGAAUCGUGUCUCAGAGACUGGCUACAGUGCGUGUGGGAACCCCUGUAAUACGUGCAGCCAAUAACACCUCUGUGCGUGUAAAAACCAUGUUUCGACGAACUCUUUCGCAUCACACAGCCAGCUCAAAUGUCUCUGGAUCCAACGAGUCAAAACGGGUCAAAGCAGAAUACAACGAAGGCGCAUUUUCGCCAAGAAUCGAGCACUUCGACGGGAUUGCACCAGACCUCAAGCUGGAAAAUAUCAAAGACACAGAGCUGGUUAACAUGCCGCAUCGGACCGGACAGCCGGAAGAAAACCAUCCGUCCUUGUCGCCGCCCGAUUUAAAAGAUGCUCCCCGCAGCGAGGCACAUUCUAAACGCCGACCAAGUUCGGCACGUGCUCGAGCCAAUUCGACAGAUUCCGAUGACAGCGUUUUUCAUGAAAGCGCAAAUCAAAGCGAGACCGGAGCAGACACGCGACCGCGAACACGCACGCUGUCUGGGCGGUCAGCGGCGAGCACGGAGAGCUCCGGUCUUUUGAAACGGACGCUUCAACGAGUGGCGUCGGCGGACCAAAAAGUGCAUUCCGCCACAGGGUCUCCAACAAGGUCGAGGGUCAACUCCAAUGACAGCCCAACCUCCAUGGCCUGGGGAAGUCCAACACCUCUUAGCAGACCCAACUUGCUUAGAUUAAAAACAUUGUCAGACUCAAGCACAUAAGCACUCUUUUAUUGAUGCGGGCACUGUGACAUUAUUAGGAGAGGGUUCAACAGUAGCCCGCGUUGCCGUUACAUCGCCGCUCUACAUUCACCUUCCCCUCUAUUUCCCACAACUCUUUGCGACGCGCGCGUGAAACAGGAGGCAUCAAAAUUGUAAACAAGAUAGCAAAGUUUGUUUUUAUCCUCGGUUUCACGCGCGCAUCGCAAAUAUUUGUGGACAGAUGUGGGGAAGAUGAAUAUGCUCUGGGAGAUUUUCAAACAAGGAAAACAAAUGCACCAUUGGAUGGAUUUCAUUUUAGCAAAAAUUGCACUCUCUCGAGGGAAUAGAGAUUUAAGUUUUAGAAACCAUGAAUAAAAAAGACAAUUCUCACACAAUGUUUAUAAUGUAAGAUAGAAACGGUUAGUUUAUAAAACAACAUUAAUAUUUAUAGAGAGUUUUCGAAUAGAAUAUCACAUUUUGUACAGCGCAAACAUUAACAUGAAUAUAAAGGACAAAUAUCUCGAAAAAGAUGUGUAUGCUGAAGAACUUUAUGUAGAAGAGUGAAGGUGAAAGAAAAGUUAUGUGAUCAUAAAUUAAGAACAUGAUUUCAAAAAUAGCCUUCAAAAUAAAAGGUGGUGGCAUGCUGUAUUUAUUUAUUCACUUUUAGUUUUACCAAACGUGCUCACUAAAAGGUGGUAGCAUGCUGUAUUUAUUUAUUCACUUUUAGUUUUACCAAACGUGCUCACUUAAAGGUGGUAGCAUGCUGUAUUUAUUUAUUCACUUUUAGUUUUACCAAACGUGCUCACUAAAAGGUGGUGGCAUGCUGUAUUUAUUUAUUCACUUUUAGUUUUACCAAACGUGCUCACUAAAAGGUGGUGGCAUGCUGUAUUUAUUUAUUCACUUUUAGUUUUACCAAACGUGCUCACUAAAAGGUGGUGGCAUGCUACAUUUAUUUAUUCACUUUUAGUUUUACCAAACGUGCUCACUAAAAGGUGGUGGCAUGCUGCAUUUAUUUAUUCACUUUUAGUUUUACCAAACGUGCUCACUUAAAGGAAGAGAAAAAGGGGGGCUAGUUUUAGAGAAGUCCUUAAUUUAAAUAGGGAGGCCAGCUAGAUCCUCCGUAUAGAAAUAGAUAUCACGAAAAAUAGUUGUUUCUGCUUAUUGUACAAGGUGUUUAGGUUGUUAAGCAAAACAAUGGUUGGAGUUAUAAAGCAGAAAUGUUUA